AUGCUGUCGCGUUCCAUCGGCCGGCUAUGUUUCGCCGCGAUGGCGGCAGAUGCGGCGCGGCGUUACGCCGCCGAUCACCGCGAUGCCCCGCCUGACGCCGCGUUGUGGCAUGACGACACCGCAGCGGAGCGGCUGGCAUACGAGCACCACAUUCGCAGCCCAGCGUACCGGGAGCUGCACCGGCCGGCGCUGAGCAACGCAGCGAUGGGGCUGUACGGCGGCGAGCCUGGCUUCGAGAAGGCGUACCGCGUGUGGGUCGACCCCGAUCGCCCGCACAUGAAGCACGUCUACAACCAGACGGCGCUCGCGAAGAACCUCCGCUACGCACGUUAUGGGUACUUCAAGCGCGACAUGCACAUCCUUGACAUUGACAAGCUCGUGCGGCACGCCCGGCUGCUCCCCACGCCCGGCCGUCUGCUUACAGACUUCUUGUAUCAGCGCGUGCCGCUGCCCGACAAGAGCUGUGCUGCCCUCAUCCGCUACCAGCGCCAGCAGAUUGAGAUGCUGGAGGAGUGGGAACGACACAGUAGCUUCCAGUGUGCGGCAGAGAUGUUCGAGCGCUUAAUUGUGACGAACAUACCGCCAGUGGACAUUGGUGUGGAGACGCACGCGGAGAUGGUGCUCUGUGCCGCUGCGAGCGGCAAAUGGGAGGAGGGAUGGGACGUCUAUGCGGCACGAGCACGUGAGAUGGAAGCGGAAUCCCCCGAUUCCUUUGCGCUGAACACUUACUUCUUUGACGCGCUGCUGACACUCUGCGUCACGGCGCGGCGUAUUGAAGAGGGAAUGAGUGUCAUGGAAGAAACUAUCACGCGGAGCUUGCGGCCGCGCUCGACCAUGCUAGAUAAGGCUAUGAUGCUGUGCGCCAUGGGCGCUGAGAACCUCUCAAAGGAGGCGGAGGCGGAAGCCAAGGCAUAUGACAAUGAAGGGCAGAAGAAGCAGCAUCCACAGCAACAUAAAGAACGUUGGGAAGAGUUGGAGCGGCGUGGUCUUGAGCUUUGGGCUCUUUAUGACUUCUACCAGCUGCCACGGACGACGGCGUCUGUUGAGGCGUACAUGCGCAUGUGCUGUGCGUUUGAGAAGCCGACACUUGUGCUAAGAGCACAGAGCUUUGCUGACGCCUCUGGAAUCCGUCUUUCGAUGGAGUGUUUCCACUGGCUGGUCUAUGCCCUUCGUGGUGUGGCCGACUUUGGCGACUACGUCAUGGAUGUCUUCUCUCAAUUAACGCCGCGUGGCUUGACGCCGGAUAUUGCUCUUUUCACUGUGGCGUUUNUGUACUGUGCACUUCAGCGUGACGGGGAGCUUGCGCUUGCCAUCUAUGACCAACACUUUCUGCACAUGAACAUGAAUCCCACACCGGAGAUGACACUUCUCUUCAUUCAGGCGUGUACCCACUGUGACGAACCACGCGUGGUGAUGCUGGAGCGCUGUGAGGCGAUAAUACAGCGGCUGGAGUUGGUGGGGAGUAGUGUUGACCACAUCUCAUUGAUCUACGACCAAUUCCUUGAGCUAUGUGCUCACCUGGGAGCCGUUGCCACGGGAUUUGGCGUGCUGAAGCGACUUGUGGGCUUCGGCAAACCCUUUUCCACACGCAUGCUCAACUCGCUGCUGCAGGCUAACGCAAAUGCGACACCACCGAACGGGUCACUUGGCAUGACGGAGGAGAUCGUGAGGCUGUUCACCCUCCUCAAGGUGCAGCCAAACAAAGACACCCUCAUCUGCGUGAGGUUGUGUGCCGAGGCUUUUGGCGACACACCAGCCAUUAAAUCCUUCACCGCUGCCAUGGAAUCGCAGCUUGAAGCCGACGGCGAGACGGUGUCGUAUGACNCCAGCCAUUAA